AUGAAUAUUCAAGAUAAUUUAGAACUCUUAAACCAUCAAUUACACAUUUCUAAUAAUAAACUUUUGCUUUAAGUUGAAGUACUCUCUCAUCAAAAUAAUUUAUUAAAUAAGAAACUUAUAGAGUAAUAAAAUAUUAACAAUCAAAUUUAAUUCUUGCAAAAUGAAAAUAAUCAACUUAAAUAAGAUAUCUUAAUACUCUAAGAAACCUUAUUUAAUUUUAAAAAUGAAAAAAAUAAUAAUAUUGAAUAAUCAUACUCAUCUAUGCUUUUAGUUUUAUCAAAAGAAAAUGAAAAAGAGCUUACUUGCUUGAAACAAGAAUAUAAAGAUCAUAUUUUUAGAUUAUAAUAAGAAAAAAAUUAAUUUUUUGAGUAAGCAGUGUCUAUGGGUAUUUAAAAUUAAACAGCAAAAAACUUGGAAUUAUAAACUACUAAAAUCAUAUAAAUUGCAUAAAAAUUAGAGUAAAUCAUUAUAUGAUUUUAUAAUAGAAAAAUAAUAGGGGAUUCAUUGGAAAAUUAAGAUAGUAAAAUAGAAAAAGCUAAUUCUGCUAGAGAAAUUUACGAUAACUUAAUUUAUUAAUUAAAUACAGACUUAAAUAAAAAUUAGAAAGAAUCUGAAAAAAAUAACAAAUUUAAUCAGUAAACCUUUUAUUCUAAAUUUAUUAGUACUUAAACUACAACUAAGACUUCUAGUUCAAUGAAAUAUAAAGAUAAACCAAUUAAUUUUACAAAAUUAUUAUCUUUAACUAGAACAAAUGAAUCUCCUAGAAAUCAAGCAUACUUAAAUGGACUUUCAUUAUAAACUGUAAAUAAAAACAAUUGA